CAGACAGCAGACACCAUGGAGAGCCCCUCAGCUUCUCCACACAGAGGCCGCAUCCCCUGGCAGGGGCUCCUGCUGGCAGACAUCCAAAUUAUCAACGAUUCCAAGCCCAUCGAGGGCAAGGAACUUGUAUUAACUUGUGAACCUGACAUUCCGGGCGUGACCUACCUGUGGUACAAAGAUGACCAGGAACUCCAGGAGAUCCCUGACAGGCUGCAGCUGUCCUCGAACAACAGGAUCCUCACUCUACUCAAUGUCACCAGGGAAGACACAGGAAUCUAUGAGUGUGAAAUCAGGAACUCAACGACUGUCAUCUUCAGGAACUCACACACCUUGGAUGUUUUCUAUGGCCCGGACACCCCCACCAUUUCUCCCUCUGAGGAGAACUACUGUUCAGGAACCAACCUCACACUCUUCUGUGAAGCAGACUCUAACCCACCUGCAGAGUAUUCUUGGAUCAUCAAUGGGCAGAACGAGGUACCCAGUCAAGAACUCCACAUACCCAGCAUGUCUACAAGUGACAGUGGGUCUUACACCUGUCAAGUCCGUAACUCCAUCACUGACCUCAGUAACAUUGCUGUUAAGAACAUCACAGUCCAUGGAGCAGUUAUCCAGGUCAGCAGCACCACAGUCAGAGAAAAGGACUCUCUGGUCCUGACCUGCCUCACAGCUCAGCCUGGACUGUCCAUUCAGUGGAUCUUUAAUAGUCAGAGUCUGCAGCUCACAGACCGGAUGAGCCUGUCCACGGACAACAGCACCCUCACAAUAGACCCCGUCAUGAUGGAGGAUGAAGGGGAAUACCAGUGUGAGGUCUUCUACCUGAACUGUUCCAGCAAGAGUGACUCUGUCAGCAUAACUGUGAAAGCUCUCGAAAGUGAAGAUACUCACCUGCUGCCUGGGGCCAUUGCCGGCAUCGUGAUUGGAGCCUUCGUUGCCCUGGUCCUGCUCUGCAUCCUGGCCUACUUUCUGUAUUGCAGCAAGACCCGCAGGUCAAGACCAGUCUGACACUUCACCUAAAGAGAUCCAUGAAGUCGCAUAUCCCUCCCUGAACUUCCAUGUCCCGCAACUUAAGCAAUCAACGCCAGCCUCCCUCUCCCCAAGAGCCACAGACACAGUUUAUUCACAAGUCAGGAAGAAGUAAAGGAACCUUUCCUGCCCACCCUCCUGAUGCACGGGGUGUCAGGAGCUCUGUCUAUCCUCAGUGAACACAGAAC